GCGGCACCUUGGCACGCCUGUGUCUUGAGGCGCCUCUUCCUCCUGCCACAAUGGCCAGCCUAACCCCACAGCCGAUGAGCCCGCGGCCGACCUACGAAGAGGUGCUGCGGCUGCGAGCGGCGAGCGCCAAGCAAAGCGCCGAGAAGAUGGCUGCAGCUCCCGCGGCAGCCGCGCCUGCGAACGCUCCACAGCCGCCUCCGCAGCCCCCCCAUCCGCCGCCGCCCGCUGCCGCGUCCGCACCCGCUCCUUCGCCUCCCGCUGUGGCGCCGGCGCCGGUCGCGGCGCCGGCCAAGCCCGUCGCCGAGCCGGCCUUCACCGACGCAGAGGUCGAGGUUCUGCGCACUCCGCUCGCUCCGUCCGAGUGGUGCGGCUCGGAGCUGCACGAGAGGGCGCUGGCGUACAUGCGCUCGCGACGCGAUGCGGCCGUCAUCGCCGACCCCUCUCUCGCGCCAACAGUCGAGAUGGCGUCCGACCUCCGGCUCUGGCGCUUCCUCGUCGCGACAGCCUUCAAGGGCGGUGAUGCGGCGAGCAUGUACGUCGAGGCGCUGCGGUGGAGGAAGCGGAACGGCACGGACGCGACGAGGGCGGACCUGCGCGCCGCCAACCCCUCCUUCUUCACCGCCCGCGCGACAUCGCUCGAGAAGCCGCUGCUGAACGAGCAAGACGCGGCCGUCUUUGCGGCGCGGCCGCGCACCUUCUUCACCAAGUCGGCGGGCGGCGGGGGCGAGCUGCUCCUCGACCGCGCCGGCAACCUGCUCUUCAUCGAGGUGCCGGCGUCGGCCGACGCGGCGGCGGUCUGCGCGCUCGGCGCCGACGCUUUCCUCGCGUCGGAGCUGCGGACGCAGGAGCUGCUUCAGCUGGUCCUCGACGAGCUCUCGACGCGGCAGGACCGGCUCGUGCUCAUGUUCCGCGUGCUCGACCUGGCCGGCGUCUCGCUCACGCCCAACCCGUUCCGCUCCUCCGACGUCAAGAAGGGGGAGGGGAUGGUCAAGGCGGCGGGCAAGGAGGUGCGAGACGCGUACCCGACCACCACGUACAAGAAUUGCCUGAUCAACGCGCCCGCCGCGUCGAUCGCCGGCCCGAUCGUCGCCGCGCUCGUGCCGAAGCGGUCGCGCGACAAGACCAUGCUGCUCGGCAAGGACUAUGCGGGCGAGCUCCACUCGUUCGUCGCGCCGAGCAGCCUGCCCAAGAAGCUCGGCGGCGAGCUCGACAACGGCAACCAGUGGAAAAAGUGACGCCGCGCGCUGUCUCGCGCCGCCGCUGCGCGCCGCCGCGUCGCCGGCGCGCCGCUGGCUCGCCAAACUCGUCGCCAAGAGCGUGGCGCGUCCGUGUCACCUAUCUCGACGCGCAUUGGCGGCAGGGUUUAUGUUGUUCACUUUGUUUGGUCUUCUAUCUGUACGCCGUAACUUGAGAAGUGUGCGCGAGUGCCGCUAGUGUAUACAGUCUGAACUCUGAUGACGGCGUUGGUUUCGUUGAGAAAUAU